AUGGCCGACUCCAGUCCGUCCACCUCCGGCACGACAACGCCUAUGAAGGACUCCGCUAUGUCCUCGCAAGAGGUCCCAGUCCCUAACGCUAACAAACACGCAACCGACCCCGAGAAGAAAGCCGGCGCCCCACCGGCAUACUCGGCCUUCUCGCCAUGGCGGAAGCGCUUCAUCCUCAGCGUCGUCACUGUUGCCGGUUGUUUUGGACCCCUGGCCGGCAACAUCUAUCUCCCGGCUCUACCCGUCCUGGAAGAGGUGUUCCACGCCAGUGCAACCGCUAUUAAUGUCACCGUGUCGGUCUUCAUGCUGACUUUUGCCUUUGCGCCCAUGUUCUGGGCCAGUUUUGCAGACUGGAAGGGCAGAAGACCCCUGUACAUCAUUUCCAUCUCCAUCUACAUUGUGGCCAAUAUAUUUUUGGCCGCGGUGCCGGCGAACUACGGCGCUCUUGUCUUCUUGCGGAUUGUCCAGGCUUUUGGGUCCGCGGCGGUAGUAUCGAUGGGAGCAGGAACAGUUGCAGAUGUCACCCCCCCUAAGGGGAGAGCUUUCGCAAUGAGUAUCUUCCUCCUUGGACCCCAACUUGGACCGGUGCUAGGUCCGGUGAUCGGAGGUGCAUUGACGAUAGCCUCAUGGCGUUGGAUCUUCGGUUUCCUUGCCAUUGCCGGAUUUGCUCUUUGGCUUACCAUCAUUCUGAUGCUACCAGAGACCUUGCGCGCCAGGGUAGGAAGCGGCCGACUCUACGCUCAGUCCGGCUUCAUUCUCUUCCCCCCCAAACUGUCUUCACCCUUGGCCCCCGAGUCGGAAAGAGGCCCUCCCCCUCCCAAGCCAACUCUGCUCGGGUACUGGCGCCUCUUCAGUUACCCUCCCAUCGGUAUCGUGACUUUCAACACGGCCAUGCUCUACUCGACCUACUUCGCCAUCGCCGUCCAGCUGCCCACGGAGCUCACCAACAGAUACAAGUGGUCUGCCGCCGGCACUGGUGCAGGUUUUCUCGCCGUCGGCGUCGCCAUGAUCGUAGGCUCCAUGAUCGGGGGCCGCUUCUCCGACUGGCGCCGCGCGCGCGCCAUUAAGAUGUCCCCGGACAACCAUGUCGACCCCGAGAACAGGCUGGCCGACCAAAUUUGGGGCGUGCUUGUCUGCGCCGGCGGGUGUGCGAUGUACGGGUGGUUCGUCGACGCCUCGCUACAUCCUGCUGCCGUGCUCGUUGCCACAUUCUUGACUGGCUUCGGCAUGAACUGGGUCUUCGUGGCCACGACAGCCUUCCUGACCGAGUGCGUGGCCCAACAGGCCGCCGGCGCCUUCGCGCUCGGAAACAUGCUCCGGAACCCAGGUGCUGCUAUCGCCGCCCUCGUGAUCCCCUCUCUCGUCACCAGGAUGGGAAGCGGGUGGUGUUUCACAGGGCUGGCGCUGUUGGACCUGGUGCUUGUCGGGUCCGCGGUCAUUGUGCUACGCGUCAAGUCUCCGGGAUGGAGGGCGGCUCGCAAGGCCAGAAUGGCGGCCAUGGCGGCGGCGAAGCCAGGAGGUCAGAGAUGA